UUCUUAUUAAACCUCUUUCAUCUCACAUCCAUAGAUUACUAAGCUACGAUAAUAAAGCGUACCAUACAGAAUCAAUACCAACGCAAAAAAUAAAACUUUAAGUUCUACGUCCAUUCCCACACGAUUCAAGGUGUUUACGAAAGUAUUAUUGAGCAAAACGAACUCAACUUUUCCUACCACCAGCGCAUCAAAACUUCUAUUAUAAGCGUCAACACCCGUUCCGCCCCAAUCUCUAUUUUUCCAGUACAAUCAUUUGAACCACAGCAAUCAUGAGUUGGUCAACACUAGAGUCUGAUGCAGGCGUGUUUACCGAUCUUAUAGAGAACUUGGGCGUUAAAGACGUGCAAGUUGAUGAACUUUACUGUUUGGAUGUGGAAACGUUACAGCAAUUUCAGAAAAUAUACGGCAUCAUUUUUCUGUUCAAGUGGAAGAAACAAGCUGACAACUUUGAUGGAGAACUGGACUAUGCGUCCUUGGAUGAAUUGUACUUCCCGCAACAAAUCAUCUCCAAUGCUUGUGCUACACAAGCGUUAAUGUCCAUCCUGUUAAACCACACAAACGAAAUUGAUAUAGGAAAUGAUUUACGCGAAUUUUACGACUUCACAAAGGAACUGCCAGCGGACUUGAAGGGUGAGGCUCUAGGCAAUUCAGAGUUGAUCCGUUGCGUUCACAACUCAUUUGCUCGCGCAGAUCCGUUUAUCAGUGAUGAAAGCCGUCCGGCGACAGACGAUGACGACGUUUACCAUUUCAUCGCAUACACCCUCAUUAAUGAUAAACUCUACGAAUUGGAUGGUCUUCAACCAGCACCCAUUUGCCAUGGAAAGUGCGAAAAACCACUUUUCGCAAGCCGGGUUGUCCCCGUUAUACAAUCACGAAUUGCAAAAUACCCACCCAACGAAAUUCGUUUCAACCUCAUGGUUCUUUCCCCUGAUCGGAGACGCAUCAUUCAACAAGACCCUAGUCUCUCAGACACAGAGAAAACUGCUAUCCUUGCAGUCGAAGAAGAAAAAAGAGCAAGAUGGAAACGUGAGAACCAGUUACGGAAGCACAACUUUGUCGGCAUGUUUCUCGAACUCUUAAAGCUUUCGGUAAAGGACCAGAUUGAUAAAGGAACAUGGAAUGAAACACUUCAGCAGCGCAUACAAUCUCACACACAAAACCAACUCGAAAAGCGUAAUGCUUAAUCUCGACACAAGGACGAAAAGGAGAACAGAUAUAUCGCACUUGUUCAAAAUAGUUACUGGCCUGUUACUAGCCGCUCCCUUAUGUCACAGGUAAAACCAUAGCCCACUCACUCAUUUAAAUAAUUAAAUGUAUGCCACAUUAUUUACAUUCUGUACACCAAAAUCGAAAUCAAUUCAGGACUUGUAAAACGG